CAGAGAGUGAUCGCAGGAGGUCUUGAUAGGUCAGAGGUGGUGUUUUCACUCUACGUCAGCCCCGCGCCACUAUAAAGGGCCAAGCCGUCUGAGGGUCACUACAAUCUCAACACUAUUCUCUUGAGGACCGCAAGAAAGGAAAGACCGCAAAGAUGAAACUGUACUUGGCCGCAGCCGUGCUGAUGCUUGUACUCGCUGUACACACAGAGGCACAGGAAGAGUCUACACUGGAGCAGCGUUUCGCCAAAUUUCAGACCCAGGUGAAGGAGAUCGCAGACGACCUGACAGAGAAGACCAAAACCACCUUUGAAAAUAUUGAAAAGAGCGACUUUGCUGUUAAAACCAAGAACUGGUUUUCUGAGCAGUAUGAGAAGGUGAAACAGAAGCUGACUGAAUCCUUCAAUUAAAGUGAAAACCAAUCACCUUAUACCCUCUUCCCUGCAAUCAUGCAAUAGCUGUGUGAUAUGUGAUACCACCCCCACCUUGUUGUGCAUUUGUUACAGUUCAGUACAUCUUCAAAACUGUGAUGAUGAUGAUGAUGAUCUGCCUGUCAUUUGUGUAAUCUGUAAAAUAGUUUACAAUUUUGUGGGUCGCUGUUAAAUAUUGUGGGCAAAAAUGUCAAAUCUAAAUAUACAUUCUGAAUUUUUUCAAAAGAUUAAACGGUGAAACAAAAAAAAAA